UCAUGGAUUAAUCAAGAGUUUUUCGCAACUGUUCUAAAAAAAUAUGAAAAUAAUGAAGAUAUUAAUAUAAAUAACCUUGAUAUUAGCCCGGCUAGCAAGAAGGGCGAUCAUUAUGCCAGUAUUAUGUUUAGAUGUCAACUCAGCUAUAGUAUUGCUAAUUGUUCAGAAUCUAAACAAAGGUCAUUGGUUUUAAAAACAUUGCCCGAUUCGGGUACAAAAGCAGAUUUCUUGCAGCAAUCAAAAGUAUUUGAAACUGAGAUCAGUAUGUAUACAGAGUCAUUACCGAAAAUUGAGAAAAUUUUAGCGGAAUGUGGAGAACCCACAAAAUUGGCGGCAGAAAUCAUUUACCAUUCCCUACAGCCACGCAAAGUAAUAAUAUUCGAAGAUCUCUGUGAGAUCGGUUACGAUACAUUGCGUACACGUUAUCUUACCGAAAAAGAACUGCGCAUGAUCUUUCGUAAAGUAGCUAAAUUGCAUGCUGUCACUUUUAUGUUGGGCCAAAGUGAGACGGAUCAUACCUAUGUUACCAAAUACGAUGAGGGUAUAUUUUGUAAUUCGGCAAUCAUGGAAAUGGAUUUAAUAUCGGGUGGUAUAUUUAAAUUUAUCGAAAUGCUGGCACAACACGACAAACUCAAAGUGUAUUUGGAGAAAGUAAAGGCCAUGCAACCGGAAAUGAAUGAAAGAUGUAAAGCUCUCUAUAAUGCCUAUAAAUUGAAUUCGAACCAAAAAGAGAUCUUUGUCUUAAAUCAUGGUGAUUUUCAUAUGAAAAAUCUUAUGUUUAAAUUUAACAGCGAACAGCAAGCGGAUGAUUUGAUAAUGGUCGAUUAUCAAAUUUGUUGUUAUGCCCCUGUGACAAUUGAUUUGAUUUAUUCGCAAUAUAUGAUGAUGUGUCCGGAAUAUCGUUUGCGCAGAAAUGAAUUUAUGCAAUAUUAUUUUGGAGAAUUUAUACGAGUGCUUAAGAAAAUUAAUUACGAAGGUGAAUUGCCAAAGUAUUCGGAUUUUCAAAUUGCCAAUCUUCGUUAUAGACAUUUUGCUUUAUUUUUACUGUCGACUUUUUUGCCUUUAAAUCAUGUCGUGCAAUCUGCCACUGAGGAUGAAUUAAAAGAAAUGAAUAUUUCGGAAUAUAUUGAAAAUACUGAUACGAUUGCUUCCACCUAUGAUCAUCCGGGUUAUAUUAAGGAAUUACAUCAACUUUUACCUAGUUUAUUGAUUGAAGGUUAUUUAGAUUGAAAUUUUUUUUAAUUCGAAAUGCAAUUAAUGUUGUAAAAAUUUCAAUAAAUAGUAAA